GUUGGACGAGAAGAUGAAGCGGAGCCCUAGGCUGCCACCUUUUGUUGCUGCUGCCGUCGCCGCCGCCGACUUCGCCGUCUCUAUUGUCGCCGCAGGCUGCCACCUCCUCUCUUCCGCUAUCGCAGGCCACGCUACCUUGGUCCGACCGAGUUUCUAAAGGUUUAUCAUCGAGGGACAAAGGAAUUCAAGGAACACAAACGUACCGCAGCGCAAGCCCCCAGGAAUUCCAAACCCUCGAUUGGCCUUCGCACAGCACCACGGGCCGCUAAGCCUCGCGCGGCCAUGAUGGAGAAGAAAAAUAAGGCAGCGAAGGCCAAUAAGAAGCGGCGAAACGUCGCCCUCUCCAAAUCCCUAGCCCCCAACAACAGAAAGAUCAUGAAGAUAAACAAUAAGAAGGAGCAGCGGAGGAGACACGGGCCUCGCAUCCCCACAGCCCUUCACAAGGAUCUCAAACGUCUGAAUCCCGAACGUAGCCACGACGAAUCAGAUUGGGAAAGUGAGGAGAUGAUGGAGGAAAAUGCAUAUGAGUACGAGGAGGCAGUCGCUGAAGAGGAGGCACGGAAAAACCGUCGCUUCGAUUCUGUGGAGAACUACGAGUACGAGCUCCCGGAAGAUUUCGAGGAUGAGGACGUGCCUUCAGAUGAUGAAAUGGAUGAUGAAAUACCUUCGGAGGAUGGCCAAGAUGGUGACAAACAUCUGAGGAUGCUCGAAGGUAUUACUGGCUUACCAAGCCAGGCCUUUGAAGGCAAGGAAAGAAAGAAGUUUAUUUUAUCAGAUUUUCAAGGGGAUUCGGUUGAUGGGCGGAUCAAUAUUCAUGAUCUUUUGGAUCCUCUCCAUGGGAAGCCUGGGUAUAGCAAACUUAGGAAGAGAUUGCACCAACUAGAGAGGAAGCCACUGGCUGUUCAGGCUCCAUUGCCAAAGGUGGAGAGGGAGAAGUUGGAGAGGAAGAUCGCAUAUGAGCGUGCAAAAAAGGACGUAACCAAGUGGGAGCCACUGGUUAAGAGGAACAGAGAGGCACCUACCCUGUAUUUCGAUGAAGAUGUGAACCUGGGCUAUUCAACUGUAGGAGCAAUUGCUUCUGAAUUUACACCAAGAACGGAGUUUGAGAAAAAGAUGUCUUUGUUAGUUCAUAACCCAGAGGUUGUUGAAGCUCAUAAUAAAGAUGGUGCAAGACUCCUGGAGCUCAACAAGAUUUCUGUUGAGGAUGUGAGGGAUCACCAGAAUCGUCUUGCAAAAAUGCGAAGUCUUCUUUUCCGUCAUGAGGUGAAGUCAAAGCAUAUUAAGAAGAUCAAAUCCAAGACAUAUCACCGUAUUCUUAAAAAAGAGAGAUUGAAAGAAGUUUCUGCUGAUGUGGAAAUGGAUCCUGAGACCAUGAAAGAUAAUGCUAGGAAGCAGGAAUUUAAACGGGCAGAGGAAAGAAUGACACUGAAACACAAAAACCGUUCAAAAUGGGCAAAGCGAAUCUUAAAGCGUGGAUUAACAGUUCAAGAUGAAGGAACUCGAGCUGCCAUAACAGAACAACUUAACCAACAUGCACUUCUGACUAGAAAAAUGAAUUCAUUGAAAGACACUAGCAGUAGUGAUGAAUUUAGUGAUGACAAUGAUGAUGCUGAUGAAGAAUUUUCACCUGGAACAGAAAGGGAAGACACUUUCAGGCUUCUAAAUAAAGCAAAAGAAAAUACACUCAAGGCCAUUGAGGAUGAAGAUGAGCUACCUAAGUCAGGAGUCUUUGCAUUGCCUUUCAUGGAACGUGGCUUGAAGAAGCGACAGGAGGCAGCAGAGGAAGAAGCUCGAAUUGCUCUUCAUGAAUAUGAUGCAUCAUUGAGACAACUUGAAAAUGAGAAUGAUGUAGAAAGUCCAAAAUCAACUAAAGUAAGUGGUAGGAAAGUCUUUGGGCCUCCUAUAAACAAAACUCAAGAAUCCAGCAGUAGGAAGGAAUCAUAUAAUGCAGACAAGAGUAGUGACAGUGAAGAUGAUUUUGAGGCUGUCGAUUGUGUGGAUGUUGGACAUGAAGUUAAAAAUCAUUCACAGGAGCUCCAUCUCGUAGCUGCUUUGCAUGAUGAUCCAGAAAAGACGCAUGACUCAAUAUUCAAGAGUUUUGAUGACAUCAUGAAACACCCUGGUACAAAGACAACAUAUGAAGUUGCAAUCUUUGCUUCAGAUUCCUGGAAAAAGAUGAAAGGUGAAAAUGUGGGAGAUGACAGUACCACUAGAGAUGAAGUAGUUCAAAAUCCUCAGGAACCUAAUUCCAACAGUAUUGAUCAAGAUAAUGAUGAUGAUGAUUCCGAGGAAGAGAUGGUCGACGGAUUUUUGCCUUCCAGCCUAAAGUACGAUUACAAACUUCCAUCACAAACUGACCUUAUACAUCGUGCCUUUGCUGGUGAUGAUGUGGAGGCAGAAUUUGAGAUGCAUAAAUUGGACAUUCUUAAUGAAGAGAACCCUGAACCAGAAAAACCAGUUUUACUUCCUGGAUGGGGCCAAUGGACAGACAUACAGCAGAAGAAAGGCAUGCCUUCUUGGAUGCUAAAAGAACAUGAAAAUGCCAAGAGGAAGAGGGAUGAUGCCCUUAAAAAGAGGAAAGAUGCCAAUCUCAAACAUGUAAUAAUUUCGGAGAAAGUUGAUAAGAAGGCUGAGAAACUACUUACAAAGACUUUGCCUUUCCCUUACACAUCUAAGGAAGUUUAUGAGCAGAGCAUCCGGAUGCCAAUUGGACCCGAGUACAAUCCAGCAAUUACUGCUGGAGCACUUAAUCGACCUGUGGUUGUCAAGAAGGCUGGGGUUAUCAUAAAACCAAUUCAGUAUGAGGAGGUGGAUCCCCAUGAGAAACCGGAGCAACCCAAGCGCAUCGUACAGAAGCCAAACGCUAGACCAAAGGCGAAGAAAGCAAAAUCUGCAGGAGGCAGACCUACGAAAAAGACAUCGAUGGGCAAAAGUAGUUGAGCUUUCAUCUUUGCUCCAGACAUUACACAUUGAAAACCAUGCAAGGAGAACGAGUAAGCUACUCAUAUUUGCCAACCAAGGAUGUCUCUAUGCUCCACCGGUUGGCUGAUGGUUUUGACGUAAAAGACUACACAUUGGUGAAAACUGCUCUAAUGUAUUCUUUUUUGCUUCAUUUCUAAGAUACUAUUUGGCUCGAGGAUAUCCUAAAGCAGUCGGUGUAGCAAAUUCUUCCUGUGUGUAUGGAUGAUGACUGGAAAGGAUCAUGACCUACCUCUGUAUACUUUUACCAAUAGGUGGCUUCCCAACCCCAUUUGUCAGCAUCCUAACUGGUUGAAGUGUAACAUACGAGUUAUUGUUGCCAUCCCAAACAAAUCAUCGGCAUUACUGGCAUGGAA